ACCUUCGUCACAUGAUAAAUUACCCGACCUGAACCCGACCUUCCACGGGACGGGAAUGGGUAUCGUGAUACCCGCCCCAGACCUGCCCCGUUGCCAUUCCUAGCGGAGAAGGUGAUGCAGUCGGGAUUCUUAUGGCCCACGCUCUUCAAUGACACGGAUGCCUUCACCCGCCAGUGCGAUCGCUGCCAAAGGAUAGAUAACAUCUUUGCCCGUGAUGAGAUGCCCCGAAAUUUGUUUAAGACUUGUGUGGUAUUUGAUUUCUGGGGCAUCGGCUUCAUGGGUCCCUUUCCUCCUUCUUUUCCCAAUUCGGGACAACCCAAGCCAAUAUUAGCGACAGUGGAACCCAUUUUUAAGAACAAUUCACUAAAAUCCUCUCUAACUAUGAUGUUUAAGGAUAAAGUGUCCAUGGCUUACCAUACUCAAAAGAAUGGUCAAGCCGAGAUGAAAAACCGGGAAUUAAAAAGGAUAAUAGAAAAGACAGUGGAUCAAUCCCGCAAGGAUUGGUAUACCAAGCUCGAUGAUGCUCUUUGGGGGUAUAGGACAGGCUACAAGAUGCCGAUUGGUACCUUUCCAUAUCGGGUUGUCUAUGGAAAGGCUUGUCACUUGCCCGUCGAGCUAGAGCACAAGGGCACAAGGCCUUCUGGGCCCUUAAGCUGCUAAACCUUGAUCUGAGUCUUGCAGGUACCAAAAGAAAAAAUGCAGCUAUCGGAAUGGGAAGAGUGGCGUUAUCAUGCCAAAGAGAACACCAGCUGUAUAAGGAGAGGACUAAGCAUCUCCACGACACUAGUCUUAAAGGUCUCAAAGAGUUUUAGGUGGGAGAUUGAGUUCUACUCUAUAACUUGCCUGAACUCUUUUCGAGAAAGAUGCACUCCAGAUGGUAAGGAUCGUACACGGUCACCCAGGUGUUCCCCAAUGGAACCAUGGAGAUCGCCAUUCCACAAACCGAGCUCUUCAAGGUGAAUGGGCAUCACCUCAAGCUGUAUCUGGGACUCCUGAAUUGGAAGUAGUGAAUGGACUACUUUAGUCGAGGAUUCGAUUCACUGCUUUGUACUGGUGUAGAAUCCAGUAGAUGAUGUUUAAAUCUUAUUGCCUCAGUUAGCUUAUACCGGUGGAGGUUAGUCGCCCGUAGGCUAUUCAAUCUGAGAGGGUCUGUAACACUUUAGUCGAGACUCUAGACUGUUUGAGAACUUUCCACAGUUUAAGUCUCAAUCGAAUUGACUUGGGUGAAUUACAACUAGGCCUAACUAGAAUCUAGGGGGGCUCAUUUUUUACUGAGCCAUCUUAAUCUGAAAACAACCGUUACUGGCUUCCUUUUUACUUUUGCUUUAAAUCAACUUCUUGGACUGGGAUUACACUUGGUCGUAGUUUGAUUGUGUUUGUUUUAGCAAGUCACAAUACAAUUGACAUCACAUACCUACUUUUGAAAAAUGAUGUGAGAUGGAAACAAAGGUCUAUAAUGGAUUGGCUAAUGGUGAUAAAAGCUCAAAUUGGCCAUUAAACAAGUUGGACUUGAUGGAUCAGGAAGGCAUUCCAAACAACUUGAAGAAUCCUAAUUUUUGGCGAAGUUAUUAUUCAGUUUCAGGUACCCAACUUUGCAUGACUCUCUCUCUUAAUUGGCUUAAUGGAAAUGGGAGUUUAAGUUCUCAUUUUGAAUAUGAAGUGUUUAUCUAUCCAUUAAAGUGCUUGGAAGAUCCGGGAGAAGCCAGGAAGGUGGUUUCCCAAGCUCAAAAGUUUAUGUCAAACCGAGAAGAAAGCCUGAAAAUGGUCAAGACAUGGAGUGAGUUCGGGAAAGAUAAUUUGAAGCUCAAGUCGAGGAAGAGGAGUGAGAGUCGAGGCUUGAGGUUUACAUGCCAUGGAAGUACAGUUUCCUUCUACAACGGCGAGGAAUUGGGUGCUUGAUUUGGUUCUUGGAAGACAUCAAACGAAGGCUGGCAAAAUAUUCUGAAGAUUGUUUUUCUGCAUUCGGAAUUCAACAAAUCCAAAUCCUUCUCGGAUUAGGAUUAGUUUGCUGCUUGUACUUUAAUUCCUUUUUAGAGUUGGUUUAGAUUUCCUUUUCUAAUUGUAAUGUGUUUAAAACUUCCAUAAGAGUAGCUAGGAUUUCCUAGGUCUUUUUAAGUCGCUUUGAUUUGUUGUAAUUUUCAGUUUUUGUUCAAUUGAAUAACAAACCGAGAGUUUGAGUUCAUAAGAUCUUGUCUUAUGGAUUGAGGGAUCAACCUAGUCGAUUAUAGGCUUGAUCAUGAGCUUGUAUCGUUCAAGUACUCACCUUGUUCGUGGCCAAGCAUCGACAACACCAAUCGAGCCCCUCUCCCAUCGUGAAGGUUGUUAAUUCGGGCUCAUUUGUACACUUUUUACCCCCGAUUAGCUUAGUCGUUUGAAACAUUUUUACUUCGAGAGGUUUGGUUUUACGUUGGGUUUUGCCUUGUCUUGGUGUUUUUCAGAAUUUGGCAGGUGGAACCAACCCCGGAGUCGAAAGUUGGACGAAAGGGCGAAAAAUCAAGUCAAAGGGUGGAAGCAGCAGGAGAUCACGGUCUAGGCAGUGUGUUCAUAAUCACUAAGACAGCGAACUGGAGGCGCUACUCGUGAAUAGCCAGGCAUCGAGAGCAAAAAUUGCUUUCACCAUACACGAGUCAAUUCACGGUCGUAAGAUGUGAACCCAGGCCAUUGCCCGUGAACAGGACUUUCUGAUGCGGCGCGUUUCGACUUAAGAUCAUGGUCCCGGCUUGCAGUUCACGGCCGUGAACUGGUACAGUGAACUGAGCCCGAUAUGAGUAUUUAAAGGAGGUUGAGCUUAAGGAGAAGAGGAGAGAGACAUAGUGUGAGAAACUUCUUCUUCAUAUUUUUAGAGUGAGAAAGUGACGAACCAAAGAAGAAUAGAAUCUAGGGUUUCAUCUUCAAGCAAGGAUUUGGGAAUUCCUCCCCCAAAGGAGAAUCUCUUCAACACAAGGAGCAAGGCUAGCAUCUCUUUGAUGGUUUUCCUUCUUCUCUCUUGUGUUUUCCCUUCUCCUAGCAUGGAGUAGUCCCUUCUUUCACUUGGGUGUUUGUAAACCCUAGCUACUAUUAUGUGAAUGCUUGUAUGGAUUGAAUGAUUUGUGUGUGGUUGUGUUUAAUGUUAAUAUGGAGGUAUUAUUCAUGAAUGAUUGUGUUGUAUGAAAUCCUAUCAAUCUAAUUUCCAUUGUUACCUAGGUAGAGAGAAAACUCCCUUCCUUUCUUUGAAAGAGGCUUGAAUGUUGGGGUUUCUUAGACAAGUCAUUGUCUCUUAUUUAGGUUAAUGCGGGGAAAACCUCCUAUUUCAUAUUAGCACCUAGGGUUUGGUUGUGGGUGGCCUUCCAAACUCCGAUUCGAGGGUGAAGUCUAACCAACCCUUAGUCAAUAGGUCGAGAGAGUCACAUUGGUGGCUUAGAUCAUAUCCCUUUUCCUCGACCAAUAGACCAAGAGAGUGGAGCUUGGCUACUUGUUGCACUUCCCUAUGGUUUACAACCCCUCACCACAUACAACCAUUUGAUCCAGCAAGUUGUAAUUGUUAACUAGGGGAGAGCAACACCAGGGUGAAGCCUUCUCAAUUAGUGAUAAGCCCAACUCGCUGAAGCUUGUAGGACAGAGCACGCAACAUUUAAACCUUCAUUCCUUUUGAUCAAACUCGAAGAAAAACAAAACAAGAAUUGGGUAAAGAUGGGUUUGGAAAGUGCAACUUCAAUGCCAACUAGGGGAAGAGGCUCGAUCCAAUGAAGGUAGCAACUCGUCCAUAAUCGAUGUGAUGAAUCGAUCGAUGCCGAGCUCGCUUGUUUGAUGGAAUCAAUUCCAUUCAACCAA